GGGCCCAUAAAUCAUAAUCAUACUUACUGCGACCAUUCAACAAAGGGAAGGAGGAAAAAGGCGAAUCUCUAUCUUCUCUCUCUCAUCCGCCGGCCUGCGUCUCCGGAGGAAAACUUAAGCUUUCGAUUCGUCGGAUUUUAUGGAUUUCAAGUCGGAUUUCAACUUCGCCGCCGCCCCUAUCUUCACAUCAUCCUCCAACUCUAAUUAUAUCAUUUCAAUUCACGCCCUCUCUCUCAGGAUACGUCAAUCUCCUCUAACCGAUCCCUAAUAGGUAACAAGCAAUCCACGAAACGCUUCCCUUUCUUCCUUUAUCAUUUGUUUCAAAUCUAUUCCUAUUCUGGGCGCUCUGUGGCUCUGAAAGAUGAGCAGUGGUAGUGGCCACAGGGCUAAAGCUCAUAGCAUCUCUGGUUGGACCGCUUUUGACCUUGAGCAAAGAAGGAAGCAGCAAGCUCAAGGUGAUGAUUCCAAUCCUUAUCCCUCCUUAUCACCCCUACCUGCGCCCCAAACCUUGUUAACAAAAAACCAAUCCCUUUUUUCAGACAAGCCCUUUUCAUCCCUACUUGCCCCUUCAAUUGAUUUUCCUUGUUUGAAAAAUAAAAAGACUUGUACAGCUGAGUCUGUUGGCACCGUUAAGGCUUAUGGAAAGCUUAAAGAUGUUCAUCCUUGGGCAGAUGAAAGCUUGAUUCAGGAUGUCUUGGCUGGUGUAAACAACAAUGUUGAUGAGGCUUUGUCUUUACUAGAAGCAAUGCUCACCACUGAACAUAAAGUCGGGUCAAGUUGCACUAAUUUUGACAUCCCAGAUGCUUCUUUCUCGUCCAAUGACAAUCACAAACAACCCAUGGAUGAGGAAUCUUCAUUACAAUUACUGGAGGCCAUCAAGUCUUUACCCAUUGAACCCGAGCCUGAGUGGGGAGAGGAUGAUGUCUAUCUAAUUUACCGCAAGGAUGCAAUAAGGAUGAUGAGAUCAGCGUCUCGUCAUUCCAAGUCCGCUAAUGAUGCAUACAUAAGGGGUGACCAUGCAGCCGCACGUCAUUUCUCGCUUAAAGCUCAACAGGAAUGGGCUGCUGCUGAGAGGCUCAAUGCUGAGGCAGCCAAAGAAAUUCUGGAUGUGAGGAAUUGUAAAAAUGAUCUAUGGACAUUAGAUUUACAUGGUCUUCAUGCAGCAGAAGCAGUUGAAGCGUUGCAUGAACGUUUAAUGAGUGUCGAAUCCCUAGUUUCACAAAACCGUUUAGCAGCACAGCAAGGAAUGCUAAAGGAAUCCGGCAUGUCUGUUGCUGCAUCUGUGCAAUCUUCUGGUCAGAUUGAGAUGGAGAAGUUUGGGAGACAGCACCCAACUUCUAGGCAGAGGAUUACAUUAUUACAAGUCAUAACUGGAAAGGGUAAUCAUAGUCGGGGAUCAGCUGCACUCCCAUCAGCUAUCAGAAACUUUCUUAGUGAAAAUGGGUAUAAUUUGGAUGAGACUAGACCUGGGGUGAUCAUGGUACGACCCAAGUUUCGGUUGCAAUGAGCAUUUGUGGAGAAACAAAUGAGCUGGUGGUAUGGUAAAACAAGGUUGCUUGUUAGGUAACAUAGGUUUAAGUGAGAUGUACACUGAAAUAUUUGAGAAUUUGGCAUGAGAAACAAUAAGGUCGCUUGCAGUCUUGAUCUAUUUAUAUAUGCAAUGGGAAAUAUUAGUGUGUUGAUAUC